GUUUGAGAAAAGAGCGAGAGGAUAAUAGGAUGGGAUUUGGCAUUUACAUUUACAGAGGUCCUUUAGUCAUUGCAUAGCACAGAGGCUUUCGCCGCUAGGUUGAUCCUACAUAGGCCUAUCAUAAAUCUGAGAAGCGAUUCACAGACCUAUUUCACUGUCAUGCUGACGAGCGCAGCGCUGACAUGGCUUCUGCUGGCGAUAUGUGCUGACUUCUGGAUGGACACUGUUGCAGGUUCCUUGGUACUUGAAAUCAGCUUGAAUGUAUCGGAGACUCCCAGCCAAAGCAAGAUUUACUUUUCGAGACUCUCGGAAGAUGCUUCCUUCAAACUCGUCCUCGACAAUGAAGAAAAGACUGUUGAGGCUGACAACAUGGAAGGAUGGCAAGAGCUGAGAUUCAUCGUCAGUUUGCCUGGGCCAGAAUGCACCUCUGCCCUAACUCAGACGUACAACAGAUAUGGCUACCAAGUCAUGGAAGUCUGCUCAAAAGACACAGAGGACCAACUAGAAAUUCAGGUACUCGACUUAGCUAAUAUUUCCUUAGCAAUUGGAGAAGAUCCAAGCAAGGUGAUUGGAGAUGCCAGGAAUACUCUUGGGAAACUGCAGACUGACGUACCUGUAUGCAUAGCAGUUGUUUUAAUCCUAGGGCUCUUGUGUUAUUCAGUCUACCUACUCCAUGACACAAGGAAAAUGAUAAAAGGCCAAAAUGAAUGUGAUCAUGCAGCAUCUCUAUGCACAUUGCAGAAUGAAUCAAAGAUGACCCCUGCAAGGAAGUUCUCCACAACCUCUACUCGCAAUCUCAUGAUGCACAAGAACUCGAUCAGAGCAAGGAUGUCCACUGACUCCAUUGACCUGAAACCCCUCAGCCCAGGCAGUCCCAAGCCACCUUCUGAUCUACCACCACCAGUCCCACCAACUCCAGAUCACUUGAAUUACCUGGCUGUCUCCACUGAGAUGUUGGACUCAGAUUACUCGAGUCCUAUGGUGCCUGAGCAGAUCACCGAAGAAGACGAAGAGGAACAUGACUACGACUACAUCGACCUGAAGAAACUACAGCAGUACAAAAACCAAAUGAAACUGGUGGGACAAGAAAUUGAGGAAAGGUUUGCUGGCCAGAGGUUGCUCCAUGAUUCUGAAAACUCCCUCUAUGAACCUGCAAAGUCCUCUGAAUUGAAUACAUUUCAAAAUACUGUUUCGGGAAACUCAAUCUAUGAAUCACUGAUUAAUCUGGAAAUUGAGGAACAUGUCCAACAAGAUGAAAAGAAGAGUACCACAGAAAAGUCAAAUUCAAUUGCCCCAAACCAAGAAAUUUCUCUAAACACAGAAGAAAACAAAGACACAGUGUCUGAAGCAACAUUUUCCCCUUUCACUGACUACCAUCAAAUGCUGCCACAAGACUCUAUGAGGCCUGAGAAUGAAGGACCCUCUGACAUACUUAGCAUUAGCAACCUAUGCCGACAUGAGUCAGCAGUAACCCUUACAGAGAAUGAAUACAAGAAUUCCCUUGAAGACUUUACCCCUAAUUUCCAGAGCCUUGAAGAAUUACCCCUGGAAGCUCAAAUCCACAAAAAUGAGGAUGGAAAAGAGGGUUCAAAUGAGGAACUAAUCCCUGUCAUCCAAAGUCAGAACGAUCCAGAACAAGGCCAUAAAUGGGAUGCAAGUGAUGCAUCUUUUACAGAAAAACCCGAGUCUCAGACAGACCACCCACUGGUAAUAAGCUCAUGCAGUAUUUAAUUUUGAAGUUUUGAACAAAAAAAGCCACUUCUUAAGGAAAGGUGAACAAUAUUCUUACAUAUAAGAUCCACAACAGAAUUUGACAGACCUUGGAAAGGUAUGAAUAUACUGUUUGGCCCUCUGAAACAGGCGACAUAAUUCGACAAAAUGUUUAAUCUAGUCAGUUACACAGUUUUGUUGCUUGUUUAAGCAGCCUUGCCAAACAGCAGGCUGCUAAGAGGGCCAACACAGUAUUUAAAGUGCCCUGUGAUAUAAAAGUUGCAUAUAUGAAAACAUGUACUGCUUUUUCUCUAUAUAUGAAGCCAAUCAGUGUCCUCAAUUUUACGUUCUUUGUACUAACAACUGACAUUGUGUGGUGAAUGCACAUAGUGAGAAGAAUCAUAUAUACUCAACAAAAGCUUCAUUCAGUACUUGGUCAUAUGACCAAGUCUGCAUCCACUUUUUAUUUCCUUGACUACCCCUUUCCAUCUUGACCGCAUGUGGUGCUUGAAAUAGUGUUUCCUAAUAAAAGUUAUAAUUUUCUUCUUCUUUUCAGUCUCUCUGAAACAUUCCCUUUCACUGGAGUAAAUAAACACGUCCCUGCAAAUCUUUUCCCGCCUCUUCAUACCACAUAUCUCCACCAAUUCCACAUUUGUGACACAAUCUCCCCACCAUAUUCUAACCUUGAAUCUCAACAUUCUAUGCUCAUUACCUCAAAAUCUAUAUUUUUUGUCUAUAGUAGUAACCCAGCUCUCCCUCUUUCAACACCUAAUUCAUGCUGCAGCUACUCUGUUUCUGCUUCACAGUCCAGCAUGUUUCCAAAGUAACACGACAUAUCUACCUCUUCUCAGACCUGCACAUUGAUCACAACAAGUUUCAGCUCCCCUUCUCCAUUUGCCUUUGUAAUGCAUUUCAGGCAUAGAAAAAAUCCAAGAUUGUGAGCUUAGGCACCUCUGGGACAUCACCUAUUACAUUCAGUAUACAGUCCACCACCAGGCCUUUACCAUAACUAGAUGGCCAUUUUCCCAGUUGCAGUUUUAUCUUUUGUUACUUUGCCAGUCACAACUGAUUUUCUGGAUGAACAAUUUAAUAUUAAAUUUUGUGAGGGUUCACUUAAUAUAUUACUGUACAUUGUUGUUUAACUGUAUAUUGAGGUAUGAGCCAGAAAAGUGGGUAAAUCAGAAAGUCCUAGCAGUGCAUGCAGCCAAUUCCUCAUUCCUUACAGCAGUCCAUACAAGUGUGGUCCCACAGGUAUAUAAGAUGCAGGCACCUGGUCCUGACUCCUGUACCUUAUGCAGUUGUGCCAGUUUUACUAGCUUCAGUCCCUCGCCACAUUUCUAAUCUUGAGCUUGUUUCCUUGUGUUGUCAACGUAUACUUUAAUAAAUUAAUUUUCGAAAUAAAAUUAGGUACUUAUGCUCUCUUCCCUAUACAAAAUCUAAUUUUAAAAAGUCUUGUUCUUGCUCCUUAUAGUAAUAGUUUGUUCCUCUAUUUCCUAAUGCGUGAAAGUGACAUUCAUAAGAAAAUAAUUAUGGUAGCGUACGCUGCAGAAUGGGAUAGGUAGGCAACACACUUCUACAGUAAGUAAUGAACAUUUCACAACUUCACUGAAUGCUUCACUCUUGCAAAAGCAAAUCAACCACAAAGUCAACUCUGAGGUUAUUUUGUCAGAAUACCCUUGCACGUCACAACAUUCAGAAGUUAUACUGCCACCCUUACUGGAUCUUCUCUUGCUUAACAUACUUUACUGAAUUUAUGAAUAAGAAAGACAAGUCAUAUGACUAAGUGGACUAAAAGGAAAUUUUAUACUGAUUUUU